AUGUGGGGGCUGUCAACAACCUAUAUCGACAAUGGGAAGUUUGCUGAUGCCGGAGCUCUCUAUACCGCAGCACUAUUGGCACCACUGUCCACGAAGCUAGGAACUCAAGAUCCCUGGGGUAACGUCAAGAUACCCAGUUUGCAGUCAGUCAACUCGUCGUCGCCCGAUUCCAAUGGCUGGUAUACGGUGCCUAAGGACGCCUCAUCGCCGGAAGACUAUUCUUCUCUGGUUGGUCUUCCCAUUGUUGGUCUUCCAUCCCGUGACAGCUCAAGCUUCAAUCUCCAGUACACGUACUUGGCGUUAGACUGUCAGCCCUUUACACAAGCGCCUUACCCUGGCGUGAACGGCUCAGAUAAUUACUAUACCACCAAUUAUACUAAGCUGGACGAUAUGGCGCCUGGCCAAGUAUGGUUCGAAAAAGAGGAGGAUGAUCCCUUCGGCAACCCCAUGGGAGAUCGCAACUCUUUCUUCAUGGAUACAACCCGGAGUUUUCCAUGGGGGAUCAAAGUCGGAGACGACCAGGACCUCUUCAUGGGUCGUCUAAACGGGUUCUUCGGCAACUACAAUACCUCCCUCAUGCCCGAAAAAGAGCUUACCAUGAAUCGAGAGCUUCUGUUUGUCUCACAAUACGCAACAACCAAUAGUGGCAACGAGAUUGGACUAAACAUUGCGACAUGCUCUUUGUCUCAGACUCACGUUGAAGCAUUCGUACAAUGUAAAGCGAGCACUUGUGCCACAACCAAGCUCCGGAAAUCGCUUGAAGAUACUCGUUCCACAUCGCUCACUGGGCUCGAGCAUGGUACGAUCAUGUUCGCGUUUGCGAAACAGUUUCCUCGCGCAGUAAAGUUCACGACUGGUUCGAGCCCAACCGAGCACUUCUUGGCCAACACUUCGGCCUUUCCAUUCGUGCAGCAAGUCGGCCACUCACCUAGCGAUGUCAUGUUUACGAACCUUUCACGGGUGUCCCCCGAUUUGUUCUCGAAACGACUCAGUCUGGUAAUGAACACCUUUUACCAACUGAGUAUUCAGCCGACUGGCUAUUUUGGUAGCUUACCUCAAAACCUAUCACUUUAUGGGCCGGACACAGAUACGUUCGACGACAUUAAUGCUUACCUACCGAAGAACUUGACGGCCACCGAGCAUACCUUCAGCGACUGGUACACUACUUUUGAACAACAGACACAGGACAUUAAAUCGCCAUUCAUUGCAGCGACAACAUCAGCCAUUAUCACCGCUACAGAACAGAUCUUUGUUUGCAACUUUGCUUGGCUUGCACUCCUGCUUGCCGCAUCCACGAUCACCCUCAUCACAGGUGGUGUGGCUUUAGUCUUGAAGCGCAGGACUUUAGGACCGGAACUCUUUGGUUUCGUUACCAGCAUGACCUAUGAGAAUCCUUGGGUCAAGGUACCCGAUGGAGGGACCACGCUAGAUGCGAUGGAAAGAGCGAGACUCCUGAAAGAUCUUGAGGUAUACGUUGGCGACGUGCGCGGCAGUGACAGAGUUGGUCACAUUGCUCUGGCUGCGGGCGUGCCGAUUCGCAAGUUAGAACGAGGGCGGCUCUAUUACUGA